GUCAUUUGUGUAAAAUUAUGUAUGAAAAAGGAGUAAUUGUGGCAACGAAUUGGUUAGCGCGUUUUUUGAUCUUGGUGAAAACUAUGCUAGUUGGCCGAAGAUGGAUAAUAUCAUAAAUGAACAUGAAAAUAGCCCACUCCAGUCUGAAGAUGACAUUUUACAAUGUGAUAGAUAUGGCUUUCGUGGUGGCCAGCAGUAUACAAAUCCAGAGGAAGAAGAUCGUGUUCCCAUCGAGGUUAUACGUUCACGAGAGUUAAAAUGGAGGAAAAUGUGUUCUAAUUGGAGUUUAUGGUAUUUUAAGUACCAUCAAAAGCUACGUGAUCGAUGUCGAAAAGGAAUUCCUGAUUCAUUUCGUUGUGAAGCAUGGCAACGACUUUGUGCAAGCCCAAUGGUACUUGUUCAACGUCAACGAAUUACAUGUGAUGAAACUGUUGAGACAAAAACAACAACUACAGGAACUAGUCAAAGUGUUGAUCAUAGUAGUAAAAGUAAAUUUCCUAGGCAUCGUUUUGGCACAUUAUCAAAUCGAACAAAUUUUAAAAGUUUACAAAUGGUUAUCACUUCUCCAAGUUUUCGUGCUAGUCAAAUUAAAGAAGAUGAUAGACGCAAACUUUUAUUUCGAAAAUUGCACGGCACUGACAGUACUGUGUUAAGUCAAGGGUCUAGUUUCCAUUCUUUACGCAUUAGCAGGGUUAAAGAUGUUAUUCCUGAUUCACAUGAUAGCUGUCGAUAUCCUUCAGCACUACCUCUUUCCUUACAAAAUCACGAGAGUCCAAAUACUCAAAGAAUAUCACCGUGGCAGCGAAAUACUUUCAAUAGCGAAUCUAUUCGAUCAAUAUCCGGUACAACUCAUAGCAGUCUUCAUAAUUUACCUUCUAGUGCAUUGAACAAUGUUAAUUCUUCAAUGUUUAACCAAUCAGCAUUACCUAAUUCAGGUUAUUCAACAAUUGCAUCUGUUCAUGGCAAAUCAUGUUCACCAGAAUCACAUAUUGAUACUACUGAUAUGAUAAAAUCAAAUCAUGUUACAACUACUAGAAAUUCCGGUGGUUAUGCUAGUCUUAGUACGACAUCUUGUACAGAUAGUUCUAGUACAAAUCAUUUUCAAAACGAAAUUCAAAUUCACGAAGCAUCAUCCACAGAUUCAUGUACUUCCAUUUUAAUAUCAUCAUCUGUUGGAUCGUCAUCAUCACCAAUUUUACAUCGAAUUACACGAAAUAUUGACGUGUUUUCUAACCAAACAAGUGGUGAUAUUCUAACAGAAUACGAUAAUGAUGAUCCCAGAGCUACACUUGUCCCAUCGAUUGAUUUAGAUCCAGAGAAAUUAUAUACAAAUUAUUGCUUACAAGAAGGGACAUCAGUUAAUUGUGAUCAAAUACGUCGUGAUAUUGAUCGCCAAUUUCCUUUCCAUGAAUUAUUCAGUGAAAAGGGAGGUCAUGGUCAAGAAAGUUUAUACACCUUACUAAAAGCUUAUACAAUUAGACAUCCGGAGAAAGGUUACUGUCAAGGUCAAGCCCCACUAGCAGCUGUCCUACUCAUGUUUAUGCCGGAAGUUGAUGCCUUUUGGACUUUCAAUGAAAUUUGUGAACGUUAUUUAGAAUCUUAUUAUGAUGAUGGUCUUGAACGAGUACAAAUUGACGGGGACGUCUUAUACGCGCUUCUUAAGUCGAUACAUCCUCCAAUAUACAAAUUUUUACGAAAAUAUUCAGUGGAACCAAAUCUUGUCGUUUUGGAAUGGUUCAUGUGCGCUUACACACGAACUUUACCUUGGACAGCUGUAUUAAGAAUAUGGGACUUGUUCUUCUGUGAUGGUAAAAUCAUAUUAUUUAAAGUGGCUAUUGUUUUAUUGAAUCGUUUAUUUGGACAUCCUUCUCACCGUAAAUCAUGUCAAGGACUUGACGAUAUUCUUAUGAGAUUACGUGAAGUAUCAUCUGUUGUUGGCAAAUUGGAUAAUUUUAUCCGUGAAGUUGUUCGAGUCCCUAUAACUACGAAGGAAUUAAGUCAACAAAUUGUUCGACAAUCUCAAAAAUGGGCAGCUAAUCAUCAGAAACAAUCUUAGGCACUUAAGUUCAUCAAUUGAUUCAAAUAAUUGUUCAUUACAUUAAAUGAAAAAAUAACUAAAAGAACAGUUGAUCAUUUACACGUUUACUCAGAUUAAGUCAGCAUGGUACAAAUGAAGUAAUCAACGCCAUAAAAUGAUAUAUAUAUAUAUUCUAUCUAUGCUAUGCUUCCCUAUAUAUAUAUAUAUAUAUAUAUAUAUAUAUAUAUAUAUAUAUAUAUAUUUCUUUCCUCUUCGAACACUGAAUUACUCUUCAUUUAUUCUUCUACAAACAAAGAAUAUGUUAACAAUUUUCCUUUCUUUGUUAAGAAUAAAUAAUCAUUACGACUUUCAUACACUUUCUGGUGCAAUGUACUGUAUUUACUCAGCCCAAACUGCUUUCACUGGAUGAAAUCCCCUACUUCAUGGUAAACACUUAAUCAUAUCACAAGUGAAAUGGCUUUUUUCUCAAUAAAUGGAUAGACUCCUCCCUUGUAUUUACCACAUCAUUUUUCAUUUAAAAUGUCUUUUGUGCAUAUUGUUGUUGUUGUUCUUUUUCCUUUUAUCCGAACUACCUAUUUACUUUACACAUAGUUAUUGUUUUUCUACGGACGUUAAAUUACCACUCUCUCAGACUUAUGCAUCAGGGUGCAGGGUCGAGAGUAAUAUCUAUCUAGACACAUGAGAUGGAAGCUUUUUUAUGAAUAUAUACAUAUAGCUUCACCCUUUCGGCUUUUACGUAUCUUAAUUUCUCUCUUUCUUGUUUUGUUUUCGAAUUUAAUCAACCUACUCUGACUCUAACCUUUGAUCACUAUGCACUGUUUCGUGCUCACGUAUGUGUAUCACUACUGUACGACUGAAAUAAUUAUCCUCAUUGUGCAUUUAUUUCUCGUAAAUACUACAAUUCGAAUCUAUACGUGUCACCUCCUUACUAAUGAUAAUUAUUACUCUUACAAAAAGCUUUUGAUUAUUUGUUAUAAAGAUUCAAUUAAACAACUAUGUACAUAGAAGUUUUAUUUUUAAAAUCGUUUACUUCCUAUUUGUCAAGUUAUCUUAAUUUUUUAUGUAUCAUAAAUAAUGUGAUACAAGUUUUGCUUGCGUGUUGUUUUUUUCUCUCUAAUUAUUCUGGCUUAUAUAUUCUUUGUAAGAAUAUUUAUUAUCAGACUUAUCGAAAUUUGUCAAAAUGAAGUUCACUAGUGUAGU